AAAAAACAAAAACUUUUUUUUUCUCAAUUAUUUUGGAUUUAGGGUUUUAGGGUAUAUUCGCUGUCGCUCUAAUUGGAUAAUUCUUCUACUCUGGUAACAUUAUCUUCUUUACGUUUCUGCCGAAAAUGGCGGGUUUCUCAUUGUACUGUUUUAUAAAACCUCGAAUUCUCUUUACUCUUCCGUCGGAGUCACCUCUCUUUGUUUUGGGUUCUGAGAAAUGUUCGCCGGAGACAAGACGGCGAGGUAGAAAGACUCGUGGGUUCGUCGUAUCUUACGCCCACUCCAACCCGAAGAUAAUUAACCCGAAGAAGAAGUCGAGGUAUGGGCAAACGCUAUCUCCAUAUGACAGUGAUGAAGAUGAAGUGCUAGAUGAUGAGAGUGAUGAAGAUGAUGACUGGUUACUUAAUGAUGAUUUUGCUGAGGUCAAAGAGUAUGAAAGGAAGAAGCCAAAGUCACAGAAGCAACCCAUUGCUAAGAAAGGUGGGAAGAAAGGGAUUGUCAAAACUUGGGAAAAUCCUGAAGAAAGCGAGACUGAUGAAGACGUUCUUGAUCUAGGCAUUACUCGAGAUGCCUCUUCUGAGAAGAAGAAGAAGAAGAAGGAGAAGGAGUCAUGGCGUUUAGAUGGUCGAGGAAAGGUGAAUUCGAGGAAAUAUGUGGAGAAACUAUACCCUCGACUGUCAGAAGAGAUCGAUAUUGAUCCAAAAUGGGUACCACUGCUGGAUUACUUGACCACAUUUGGUCUGAAAGAAUCACACUUUGUUCAAAUGUAUGAGAGACACAUGCCAUCCCUUCAGAUUAAUGUCGUAUCAGCACAAGAGAGACUCGAUUACUUGUUGAGUGUCGGUGUUAAACACAGAGAUAUCAAGAGAAUGCUGUUGAGACAACCACAGAUACUUCAAUACACUGUUGAGAACAAUCUCAAAGCUCACAUAUCCUUUCUGAUAGGUCUUGGAAUUCCUAAUUCCAAAAUAGGACAGAUAGUUGCUGCUACCCCGUCUCUGUUCUCUUACAGUGUAGAGAAUUCACUGAGACCCACGAUAAGGUAUCUGAUUGAAGAGGUUGGGAUAAAUGAAACCGAUGUUGGGAAAGUCGUGCAACUUAGCCCUCAGAUAUUGGUUCAGCGGCUCGAUAUAACAUGGAACACUCGCUACAUGUUCCUCUCCAAGGAGUUAGGAGCACCUAGAGACAGCGUAGUGAAGAUGGUGAAGAAACAUCCGCAGCUUCUUCACUACAGUAUCGAUGACGGGUUUUUGCCUCGAAUCAACUUCCUUAGGAGCAUUGGGAUGUGCAAUUCUGAUAUACUGAAAGUCUUGACUAGCCUUACCCAGGUGUUGUCUCUCUCAUUAGAAGAUAAUCUGAAGCCUAAGUACAUGUAUUUGGUCAACGAGCUCAAAAAUGAAGUCCACAUUCUAACCAAAUACCCAAUGUACUUGAGCUUGUCCUUGGAUCAAAGGAUACGUCCCCGUCACCGCUUCUUGGUUGAGUUAAAGAAAGUGCGGAAAGGGCCAUUCCCUCUUAGCUCAUUAGUCCCAAAUGAUGAAAGCUUUUGUCAGCAAUGGGCAGGAACAAGUGUAGAUAAGUACCUUGCCUUUCGCCAGAGGCUGUUACUGAAGGAGUUUGCAAACAAAUAUGAAAAGCGAGGAUGAUGGUGAUGGAAAUGCCUUGUUCCUGAUUACCGACAACGAGUCAACAGUUUACUACUUUCUUGCUUUAAAUCCGGUUAAAGAGGUUCAUAAGCAGAACCUGUGAGUGACCACUAACUUCUGGUGAAACGCGAUACACAGUUUCUGCCAAGAGUGAAACAUUUUCAGGAAAAGAAAAUCCAGAGGAACCGGCUUGGCAACAGACAUAAUAUUUGUUUAACAGAUUCAAGAGUUUCAACAAUCUUUUCCGGGUUUUGUCUACAUUUCAUCAAGUUCUGCAAUGUUUUGUGGUAAAGUUUUACUCUUUUUUUCUCCUCUUCUUUCUAGUAAUCAUCAAGAAGAGAAACACAGUAUAUGUGUAGUAUAUAUUCUUUUGACCUAGUAUAUAUAUAUAGUUGAUACUAAGAACAUCUAUAAGGUAUUUGAUAUGAUUCAUCCUUCUGCAAACAAGAGUUUGAAAGAAAGAUUUUCAAGUGA